AUGUCAGGCGAGGCGUGGCUGUUCCUGCUCGCCGUCCUUCUCAAUGCCGUCAACCUCUUCCUGCAAGUCUUCUUCACCAUCAUGUACUCCGACCUCGAAUGCGACUACAUCAACCCGAUCGACCUCUGCAACCGCCUCAACAUGUACAUUGUCCCAGAAGCUGGCGUCCACGCAUUCUUGACUGUCCUGUUCUUGAUCAAUGGCUAUUGGUUGCCGUUGCUCUUGAACCUGCCCCUUGUUGCUUGGAACGCGAAGAAGAUCUUCGAGAACCAGCACCUGCUGGACGCUACCGAGAUCUUCCGCAAGCUGAACGUACACAAGAAGGAGUCCUUCAUCAAGCUUGGUUUCCACCUGCUGAUGUUCUUCUUCUACCUCUACUCGAUGAUCGUGGCUCUAAUCAGGGAUGAAAGUCGGUAA